CCUACCCCUAGUCGUUCACCCUAGUAAAUAGUUGCGGCAACGCAAUUUGGAAGCUUUACAAAAAUAUGUCACCCACCUCGGAGAGAGAGAUUAGCAGUGAGAGGGAUUGUGGUACAGACCAACACACAAACAAACCUACUAAUCCUACUGACCAUUACUUCGCAUGCCUGCUGUGUGGUCCACCCCUCACCCCAUUCUCGGCGUUGUUAGCGUAAAAAUCCGUGACCGCUUUACUAUGGUGAGAGUAAAACAGUGCUCCCUUUGGUAGCCUUUCUCUUGCGCAAGCAAUAAGACGGGAGCUACGUACGCACGAACGCACGCACUCGAGCGUGCAGCGCUGGAUGCGAGCGCUGGUCAAACAAGAACAUGCAUUGUUUCCGUUGAAAGGCAUCGCAGUGAUCCGACGCGCGGCGAGUGUUCACCAUUGGGCAUCAAGGUGGGGAUUCAGUGUUUUUACCUGCGCAUGUGUUAACACGGUGGAAGUGUUUCGGCGCCGGCCACAGAUGCUAGACGCGAUGACGGAACUAUCUCGAAUGCAAACAUGGCCCCAAUGUGACUACUUAUUACACCAUGGGACAUCCUCUCCAUUGGUCCACCGUCCAAGUUCUUCCGAUGGCCUUUGCCCUGUGUCAACAAGUGCACACAUAGGCUCUUUUACGAACCAAGGGAAUUCUCGCCCAAGAACACCGUUUCCUCAAGGUUCUGUGCUGAGCUCUGAUGAGUACGUUACUUCCGCCGGGGUCCACUCACAAGACGAACCCAUCCUGGCUCCCUACCGUACUCACGCAUUCGACAGGAAAGGAGUGACAGUACCCUACCAGCAGUACCCGGUCGCAUCGGCUCCACACGUGGAUGAGCUGGCGGAGCGACAGCAGCGCUUACAGAACUCACCAGAUGUAAAUGACGAACUGCAGUUGUUCACCAGCAUCUUCUCCCACUCAGGCCAAAAUGGUCCGGAAGAGCACACCUCACUCGAAGUCAGUUCAGAGACCCAGCGUGCGAUGGAAUCCUCCGAUAGUACACCACCCUCCGUGGAAAGAACGACUAAACAUCAGUUGGUGAUGGGAACAGAUUCUAGUAUGCCAACAGGGGACAAUUCGACCUUCCUGACGGAUUCCUCUGCCAUAGCUGGCAAAAACAAUUGGCAAAAUUCCUUGUUCAUCAGACGCUUCCAGGCCGCUGACAUCAGUUCAAUCAAACAGGAAACCGGCGAUGGUGAAACGGAGAGAUUCAGUAUUGUAAAUACCCCCGGUUCGCAUAAAUCGUCAAAUCCGCCAUCCCCGGUUACCUUCACGGACUGCGACCAAGCGAUGAGAAACCAAACAAUUCACCAGUCGUCAUACAGUGAGCCCCAUUCGUCAGGGGAUGAUGAAUCGGAUGAAGGAAUGAGUAUGGCUCGAUUUGAGCAGAUGAGCAACGCGAUACAACCGGACCAGGCCGGGUUGUAUUUCUGUCAUUUAUGCGAAUUCACAGGUGGUAGUCGUCAAGAAUUUCAGGAUCAUCUGCAUUCACACUAUGAUUAUAAGUGCUAUAAAUGCGAUUACACCUCAAGAACCGAAGGACGUUUACGGCGACACAUGAAGGAUUUCCACUCUGAUGUGCCACCGGACAAUUUCUCCGGCAAAACUGUCAAAACAAUUCGACCGAAGUUGCAGCGGUGCAAACAGUGUAACUUUAUGACGGAAACGAAGGAUGAAUUUUGGCGCCAUUUGCGGGUGCAUAUAAAAGAGGAUAAACGUUUGGAAUGUCAUCUUUGCUGUUUUGUCACGGAGUACAAACAUCACCUGGAAUACCAUAUGCGAAAUCACAUGGGAUCAAAACCGUACAAAUGUCCAAAGUGUAACUACGAGUGUGUAAAUAAAUCGAUGCUGAACAGCCACAUGAAAUCUCACUCCAACGUUUACCCCUACCGAUGUGCCAACUGCCACUAUGCCACGAAAUAUUGUCAUAGUCUGAAAAUGCAUCUGGCCAAGCACGAUCACAAACCGGCCGUGGUGUUGAACGCGGACGGUAGCCUACCCGCUUACGAUAACACUGUGGAGCUGAUGAAUUUACGCCGCGGAGCCUGCGUAAGAUAUUCUUCCGGCCGUGGACGUACAAUGAUGGAAUCGCCCGGUACCACAGCCGAUCAGGCAUCAGUCAAGUCUCGCGGGUCCCCUCUCAACCAUCCCGGAUCACCGAUCAUUCCAUUCAGCCACAACUUCCCAGCCAAUCAUUUUAUGAAUUCCAACAUAGGCACCGGUAGUUCCACCCUUAAAAAUACACCUAACCUCCCAGAUGCCCUUACAAUUGGACCUUACGCAAAUUUUCCGUUCAACUAUCCCACCCAGUUGCCCCCAUUUGCCGCAGUAAUGUUUCCAGGUCCAAUACUGGGUCCUGCUCAUUUAUUCCCUAACUCUAAUACUUUAACUAAAUCAACCGAAUCUAUCCUUACACAGCCUACAACUACAGUUAACCCCUUGCAUUUCAUGAACAAUUCCUUUGCAGCACUAAUGCCCCAAAGUGAAUCGAUUAGAAAAAACCCAUACAGCUGGCCGGUCUCUGAUUAUUCCCUCCCUAACGCAUCCCUAAUGGCCGCACUUUUGGCGGCAGUUCAACAUAACACCUCCUUAUACGCAGCAUCAAAUGUCUCCACGACAAUGAGUUGUACCGAAGAGACCAGCCAUUCAGGAACACCAAUCGCCCGACUUGCUUGUAACCACCCCGGUAAAACAGUAUCCACUAUGUCCUCUGGUUCAGUUUUGCCUGUCUUCUGUGAUUCUUUUGAAUUCCGAAGUCGAUAUGGAGAAUCACGGGGAUCGUCUCUUACCCCAGUUGAAUGUCAUGUUGCUGAACUUGGAGACAAGGCUGUGCGCAAACUUCCUUGCCAAGGCGAAAUAAACGGCCCCAAUGGGAACUCAGAUACAAGCUUAAAACCCUCUCAAAUAGAGUGUGCCCUUGAUCUAUCUGCCAAACCUACCGUGGAGGAACGAUUACAUACAGACUCGGGAACCGUCGCAGUAAAUGGAUUCUGCGUCCCAGAGACAUCCGCUUGCUGGAGUAAAGGGGGGUUGAUUGAAAACGUUGACGCUGCAACUGCUAACGCUGCCUUGAAUUCCGAAUUUACAGAGGAACCGUUGCCCUUCCAAUACGAAUGCCGAUUUUGCGAAAUUCGUUUCCGUCAACGGACUCUUUAUGAUAUCCACAUGGGAUUCCAUAGUCACAAGGACCCCUAUUUGUGUAAUCGAUGUGGGCAUCAAAGUCGCGAUCCCGUGGAGUUCUUUAUCCACCUAGGGCAAAUGGCUCACCACUCGUAGGCAUGAACACCGAACGGAUAAGCGCGUCACUGUUCCUAUAACGUCUCCUUGUAAAUGACCGGUAUUGCGGUGAGCUCCAUUUGUGCUUACCUCUGCUGCGUCAAUCUUAUCUUACGAAAGUACGCUUCGGAAUUUUACUCAGAAUUCGGUCUUUGAUGUGCUCUGCAUUCAAUGCCCUCCCCCCGAGCACACUGGCGCUUGCUCAUUUCUGUAUAGAACACCAUGUUUCCAGUUACGCAAUUACGUUUUUUUGAUACUUGCUUGCUGGGAUUGCUUCAUCAACAUCAGAGAACACGAGAACCUAUGUGU